ACUUUGUUUCACGGGCCAAAUAAAUCACUUUAUUAUCUUUUUCGAAUUUACAGCAAGGGGGAAAAGAACCAUGCUGUCACACGUGAUCAUCACGCUGUUAUCAUGUGUCACUCACGUGAUCAGUGAGUUCCAAUGUCAAGGAACCUGCUAUUCGGGAUCUUUCCCAAAKAACAACCAAGUCAUCAAGGGAAAACAUCUCAGAGGAYACUCCUACAAGAACAUUACCACUGAUGUUCCACGCACGUGCUUCUCGUCCUGUAUCAAUGACUGUCGUUGUAAGGCGUUCCAGAUGAAAGAUGUCAGGUGUGAGUUGCUGGAUGAGGRCAAGACUUCCAAGGCAGCAGACUUUGUUGAUGAGACAGGAUACGUGUACUAUGAUCUACAACAGACAUUCUAUAAAGGGAAAUCCCACAUGGAUGCAUGCUAUAAUGGUUGCUGUAAAAGUCAGCCUUGUAUAAACGGAGGAACCUGUGUAGAAAAUUGUGAGAACGCAAAAGUCAAGUUCAGCUGCAAGUGCCCAGCCACUUACAAAGGAAAAGUCUGUGAAAAGAGAGAGGUCGGUUCCUGCAUUGAUGUGUUGAAAGGAGCUGCACCAGGUACCAUGCCAGCAAAUGGUACCUACAUUAUCACCCGUAGCGAUACCAAGACUACUGUACCCGUCUAUUGUGCUUUUGAAAGUCCAAACCAGGCCUGGAAUCUCAUCGAGUCUUUCUCUCUACAAAAGAACAGUUUUUAUAAAAAGAAAGCAUUCAAUCAGGAUUAUCCGAGGAACCAGAAAUCCCAUAACUGGGACGACUAUCGUCUGUCGCUAAGCAGCAUGCAGUACAUCCAAACCAAGGCCACCAUGUUCAGAGCUACGUGUGAGUACCAAAACAGAGAUUCUCUUACUCCUGACUUUUUGCUUGGAUACAAGACAGACUUUGAUAUCAUCAAUAGCGGUAAUGAAGGGGCAACAUUGUGUCCCAUAAUGUCUUACAUGAACUUUAAAGGACACGAGUUCAAAGGGCAAMGUGUACCAACGUGGCACAUUAAAGAUCAGUGUCAUUUACACGUGGAUUACUCCGUUAAUAAGUGUGGAUUCACACCACCCGCAGCAUCAUACAUUCAUGACGAGGAUAACUUCGGAAAAUAUGCAACUACAAAUCCAGCAUUUAAAUGCACUGCAACACAACAGUCUACCACACAGUGGUGGUUAGGAGAACAGCUUUAGGGUGACCACACAGUACAUCUACUGACCUUGGAAUAUGGGAUCCUGUUACUAUGGUAACACUAACCCAGUAUUCAAAUACACUGCAACACAACAGUCUACCACACAGUGGUGGUUAGGAGAACAGUACUAAGAUGACCACACAUGCAAAAUAGAUAUUGAAUGGAAAACCAACUGAUUGGUUACUAUGGUAACACUAACCCAUUAUAUAAAUGCACUACAUCAAAUCUCAUACUAUACUUAUAGUCAGGUCUCUUAUGGCAAAAUAUAGGUCCCAUCGUUACAGAAGUGACAAAAGCGCCAAAUUUGGCAGAKAUGUUCCUUAGGAUCCACUAAAUAAUGUUAGAGGGGGAGCCCAACGCAAUUCUCACAAUUAAGGGGGAUUAAGGGGUUUUUUAAUUUACCUUAAUUACGAAUUGGGCUACCUGUGGUGGUUUGCAGUUUUCAAGUAAAACAGCUCACAAGAAA